UGUGGCAGAAGCAGCAAUGGUGCCUCCGAGGAACGGAAGCCGUUGAACGUGAACAUUUGGAGUUUCCUCUUUUGUACUGAUUCCUGAGGACUAGGAAGGUGCCCCGAAAAGAAUUCAGAGAACUGACAAUGUCCCUGUAUUGUGGAAUGGCUUGCAGGAGAAAAUUUUUUUGGUGCUAUAGGCUGCUGUCAACCUAUGUUACUAAGACACGGUAUUUAUUUGAACUGAAGGAAGAUGAUGAUGCAUGUAAAAAAGCCCAGCAAACAGGAGCGUUUUACCUCUUUCAUAGUCUGGCUCCUCUGCUUCAGACUUCAGCACAUCAAUACCUGGCCCCCCGGCACAGCCUGUUAGAGUUGGAAAGGCUCCUGGGUAAAUUUGGACAGGAUGCACAAAGAAUAGAGGAUUCUGUGCUGAUUGGAUGCUCUGAGCAGCAGGAAGCAUGGUUUGCUCUGGAUCUAGGUCUGGAUAGCUCCUUUUCCAUAAGUGCCUCCUUACACAAACCUGAAAUGGAGACAGAGCUCAAGGGGUCUUUCAUUGAGCUGAGAAAGGCUCUCUUUCAACUCAAUGCAAGGGAUGCCUCCUUGCUGUCCACGGCUCAAGCUCUUCUCCGCUGGCAUGAUGCUCAUCAGUUCUGCAGCAGAAGUGGGCAGCCCACCAAGAAGAACGUGGCUGGCAGCAAGCGUGUGUGCCCUUCCAAUAAUAUCAUCUAUUAUCCACAGAUGGCUCCUGUGGUGAUCACACUGGUGUCAGAUGGGACCCGAUGCCUGCUUGCCCGCCAAAGCUCCUUUCCCAAGGGAAUGUAUUCUGCCUUGGCAGGUUUUUGUGAUAUAGGUGAAAGUGUAGAAGAGACCAUCCGUCGAGAAGUUGCAGAAGAGGUGGGAUUGGAGGUGGAAAGCCUGCAGUACUAUGCAUCCCAGCACUGGCCCUUCCCUAGUGGCUCACUCAUGAUUGCUUGCCAUGCAACUGUGAAACCAGGGCAGACAGAAGCUAGCAAUAUGCAUACUGUCUCAUGAUGCUGGAUACACAGUGGCAGCAAGCUGCAGUUGGCAAUGUGAUCACAAAGGCAAUCAACCAAUACUGUACUCUAUAGUAUACUGUAUUCAAUAAAUUACAUGACAUAUUCAACAGUUUAUUAUAAAAUAGGCUUUGUGUUAGAUGAUUUUGCCCAACUGUAUGCUAAUGUAAGUAUUCUGAGCCCAUUUAAGGUAGGCUAGGCUAAGCUAUGAUGUUUGUUGGGUUAGCUGUAUUAAAUAUAUUUUUGACUUAUGAUAUUUUCAAUUUUUGAUGGGUUUAUCAGGAAGUAACCCCACUGUAAGUCAAGGAACAUCUGUUUUGCCAAAAUGUUCUCCCAAGGGAUACAAUCAAUUUAUAUUCCUAUCAACAAUGUAGCUGUAUUAAAUAUAUUUUUGACUUAUGAUAUUUUCAAUUUUUGACAGGUUUAUCAGGAAGUUACCCCAUUGUAAGUCAAGGAACAUCUGUUUUGCCAAAAUGUUCUCCUAAGGGAUACAAUCAAUUUAUUUUCCUAUCAACAAUGUCUGAGAGUGUUUUUCUCUAUAUAUUCUCAACAACCUAGUAUGUAUUAUCAAGCCGUUUGAUACUUGCUAAUAAGUGAUGAAAAACACUAUUUUGAGGAAGAAUCAAUAUCGUGAAAAUGGCCAUACUUCCCAAGGUAAUUUAUAGAUUCAAUGACAUCCCCAUCAAGCUACCAAUGACUUUCUUCACAGAACUGGAAAAAACUACUUUAAAGUUCAUAUAGAACCAAAAAGAGCCUGCAUUGCCAAGUCAAUCCUAAGCCAAAAGAACAAAGCUGGAGGCAUCACGCUACCUGACCUCAAACUAUACUACAAGGCUACAGUAACCAAAACAGCAUGGUACUGGUACCAAAACAGAGAUAUAGACCAAUGGAACAGAACAGAGCCCUCAGAAAUAACGCCACAUAUCUACAACUAUCUGAUCUUUGACAAACCUGACAAAAACAAGAAAUGGGGAAAGGAUUCCCUAUUUAAUACAUGGUGCUGGGAAAACUGGCUAGCCAUAUGUAGAAAGCUGAAACUGAUACCUUCCUUACACCUUAUACAAAAAUUAAUUCAAGACGGAUUAAAGACUUAAACAUUAGACCUAAAACCAUAAAAACCCUAGAAGAAAACCUAGGCAUUACCAUUCAGGACAUAGGCAUGGGCAAGGACUUCAUGUCUAAAACACCAAAAGCAAUGGCAACAAAAGCCAAAAUGGACAAAUGGGAUCUAAUUAAACUAAAGAGCUUCUGCACAGCAAAAGAAACUGCCAUCAGAGUGAACAGGCAACCUACAGAAUGGGAGAAAAUUUUUGCAAUCUACCCACCUGACAAAUGGCUGAUCUACACAGAACUUAAAUUUACAAGAAAAAAACAACCCCAUCAAAAAGUGGGCAAAGGAUAUGAACAGACACUUCUCAAAAGAAGACAUUUAUGCAGCCAAAAGACACAUGAAAAAAUGCUCAUCAUCACUGGUCAUAAGAGAAAUGCGAAGCAAAACCACAAUGAGAUACCAUCUCACACCAGUUAGAAUGGCAAUCAUUAAAAAGUCAGGAAACAACAGGUGCUGGAGAGGAUGUGGAGAAAUAGGAACACUUUUACACUGUUGGUGGGAGUGUAAACUAGUUCAACCAUUGUGGAAGACAGUGUGGCGAUUCCUCAGGGAUCUAGAACUAGAAAUACCAUUUGACCCAGCCAUCUCAUUACUGGGUAUAUACCCAAAGGAUUAUAAAUCAUGCUGCUAUAAAGACACAUGCACAUGUAUGUUCAUUUUGGCACUAUUCACAAUAGCAAAGACUUGGAACCAACCCAAAUGUCCAACAAUGAUAGACUGGAUUAAGAAAAUGUGGCACAUAUACACCAUGGAAUACUAUGCAGCCAUAAAAAAUGAUGAGUUCAUGUCCUUUGUAGGGACAUGGAUGAAGCUGGAAACCAUCAUUCUCAGCAAACUAUCGCAAGGACAAAAAAUCAAACACCGCAUAUUCUCACUCAUAGGUGGGAAUUGAACAAUGAGAACACAUGGACACAGGAAGGGGAACAUCACACACCAGGGCCUGUUGUGGGGUGGGGGGAGGGGGGAGGGAUAGCAUUAGGAGAUAUACCUAAUAUAAAUGACGAGUUAAUGGGUGCCGCACACCAACAUGGCGCGUGUAUACGUAUGUAACAAAUC